AGCUCACCAGCUCACUUCAUCAGUAUCGAGGAUAUCGGUCAUCAUCAUGUUUUCAUUUUUUGUGACAGUUCUUGUGCUCAUUCAAGUCAUUGCUACUUCUGGUGGUCAAAGUGUGUCAGAUGAGAGAAAUCAGCAGACAUGUGUGUCUGCUGGUGUACCUGGAGUACCUGGAUCACCUGGAGUUAAUGGAUCACCCGGACGAGAUGGAAUGAAAGGAGAAAAGGGGAUGAACGGAGAGAAAGGAUUAGUUGGAGAUGUUGGUGCACAAGGAAUAAAAGGAGAAGGAAGGAAAGGAGAGAAAGGAAUAAAGGGAGAGAGAGGAUUAGCGGGAGAUGUCGGUGGUAAAGGUAAUGCUGGGAAAAUAGGUCCACAAGGUUCGCAAGGUCCACAAGGUCCACGAGGGAUAAAAGGAGAAACAGGAAGGAAAGGAGAGAAAGGAAAAGCUAUGACACUCAACUGGAAACAGCGUGUGUGGAAUAGAGAGGAUUCAAAGGACAGCGGUCUGAUUCAGAACUGUAAUUUUAGGAAACAUGACAGCAAUUCAGCUCUACGUGUUGCAUAUGCAGGAAAUCUCAGGGUUUACUGCACCAGUGGUGCUUGCUGUUCUCGAUGGUAUUUUACAUUCAACGGUAAUGAGUGCAGUGGACCUAUGACCAUUGAGGGAGUUGUGUAUGCCCAACCAGCUAAUAAUAAUCCUCUUCCUCACAGACAGAUUGAAGGAUACUGUGAGAACAUUCCAGCAGGUCAAGUCACAAUUGGAUUCAACAUUGGAAACUGUAAGGGAUACUUGACAUAUAAUGGCAAUACAGGAUGGAAUUCAGUAUCUCGCAUUAUGAUUGAAGAAGUUCCUCCAUCACAAAAGUGACUGAAUUAGAGAGAAAUUAGAACUUGUGUUCAGUACGUGUAUGUCUCUUUUCGCCGUAUGUGAGGGUAUGUAUGAUUAAUUCAACGUGUAGCUGCAACUAACAAUCGAUAUUGUCCGUCAAAGUUACAGAACAACACUAAAUGUCUAGUCAGUAUUUACAUUUUACAUGUACUAAACUUUUUUCCAUUAAUCAAUCAA